ACUCUUAAUUUUUACUUUGAGCUUUCCCAAGACUCGCACACGGCAGAACACGGCGUCGCUUCCUUAGGAAUGACGUAAAGCAAAAUGUUUACACCAUAAACUUUUUCUUCCCAUUUUCCAUUACCUUUUUCAUUUUCUCGGCAAUCUUCAAAGUAUUUCCGGCGAACCAAACAAGGGACCAUGUGGAUUGAGAUCAUUUGCGGUCUGAUCGUCUACAAAAUAUUUAAGCGUUUAUUCUACGGGGAAGAUAUAUUGGAGGUUGAAACCUCUGAUUCCGUUGCUCUCUUCUCCGUCGCAAAUAGACUUGAAAAGCUUUAUGGUGGGAAGAUUUAUGUGGGACUUCGGAUACCGGAUACUGAUACUGGUGCUCGGGAGAAUAUCGACAUGGUUCUAGUCACUACAGGAGAAGCAGUGGUGAUUUCUGUGAAGAAUCUGUCAGGAUUUGUGUCUGUUAAUGCAAAUGGCAGCUGGGUUUGUGAAGGCAAUGGCAGAGGCAGAGCAGAUACUCUUCCUGAUCCAGUGGCAGAGGUUAAAAAAAAGGUUUCUGUUCUUGAAUCAUAUCUUGAACAAAGGGGAGCUACUUUACCGGAGGGAUAUUUGUCCUACAAAGUCAUAUUUCCUAACCCAAAAUUCCGUACAAUUCAUUCAAGCUAUCUGCCACCUGAGGUCAUUACCUAUGAUCAAUGGGUACAACUGAAACCAGAACAGAAAAAUAUACUUACUGGUUGGAUCAAGGGUGCUUUUCGUGGUGGAAAGAAAGAGAUGCAGGAAUCUACCCUGGAGAAACUUAAUUUCAUCCUUGGCACAGCUCCCAUAUGGGAUAGGUUGGAGCUUAAAGGUAACAAAUAUGUGCUUGGAGAAUUUCUUGAAUUCAAAGGAAAGCAAGAAGAUACCCAUGCUUUGAGAAGCAUCAAAAGAUCAAAAGUUAGUCAUCUGAUCAUCCAAAAGACGAGCAUGUUUGGAUUAGCCCAUUCAAAGCUUCAAGUUUUGUAUAGUCCUCGUGAUUAUCGAAGUAAAGGGGCAUCGGCUUCUGAGUGGAAGGAAGUGACUGUGAGAUCAAGUACUGAGGUUCUAUUUCAACUUGAGAAUUCCAACAAAAUCCGGAAGUUCGAGCUGUCUUCCAUUAUCUCUUUGUCAUUGAGUGCUUAAGCUCACAUCUAUUUCCAGUAAAUUUAUUUCCUGUAAAUUUUGUUACCAUAAGUUACUUAAAGGAACAGUUAUUCUUAACUGUAUUAGAUUGUCAAUGAGAAGUACAGUUCUUGGCUUUUUUAAUACUGUGAUAUAUAACAACAGCAAAUGUAAUCCAGCUUUAUACGU